AUACUAGUAUAGUAGUACAAAAUGCUGAAAGAACAGCAAAGAAAUGAAAAGUAGACCCACUGUAUUUUGACCAAUGCAAUCACUGCCGCCUCUUCUGAAUUCCUCUCUUCUCUAAAACAUACCUAACCUGAAGAAGAACCUGAAUUCUCCUCUCUCUAUGUGUGUGUGUGUGUGAAAAUUGAGCGAUGUAUGCGAAGAAGAAGCAGCUAAGACCUCGACUUGACCGGACAAAUGCCUUAAAGAACGUCGAUUACGACGCUUCACAGUCGGUACCGUCUUCGCCGUUCGAAGAUCAGCAUACUCAGCGGACUAGGUCGCUUGACCUUUAUCCUGUAACGAAUCGUACAAGCUUCAGAAUCGACGGUGCUGCUGGUGAAUUUGAUACUAUUUGCCGCUCUUUAGGCCUUUCUCCUGAAGAUUUUGCGAUUCCUGUUGCUGCUUGGGAAGCUCGGAAACCUUGCUCUCGUUCGGACCGAUUGCGGAGCACAAGGUUUGCUCGACGUGAUUCUGAUGUUGAGCUUGAGUGUGCGGAUGAACUGUCUGAUACGGGUACUGGUGACGGUGAAUCGAACCGACGGUUGGAUAAUUUGACGGCUAGUGAAUCGGAGGGAGAAAAUGAACCGUGCUCCGACGCUGAUCUUUACGGAACCGAGAAUGAGCUUGAGGUUUCUGAUAGUUUUAGAAAUGGUGUGAGAGGUAAAUUGAAGCAUCGCUUAAAUUCUGCUCCUGAAAAUUUGAUUAAGGCUAGGGUUAGUGAAAAGGAGGAUGUUAAGUGUGGAAUUAAGGGAUUUAGACCACCAAGGCUAGCUCCUCCAGCGGCAGACGUGGACGAUUUCACAUCUGCUUGGGAUUUUAUCAAAAGUUUUGGUCCUGCGGAUGAUGAAAAUAUGGUUUCACCUUUACAUGUUGAGAGCACUUCCGAUGACACACCUGGAAACAACAAAGUAGGAGACAUUGCUAAGGAUGACGAACGUAGUGAGGAUUGUGUAAGAAAUACUUCACAAGAAUCAGACUCUUCUUCGGAAAAUGAUGGAGUUUGUGAAAAGCCAUUCGAGCAAGGUGUAAGAGGUGAUGCUGAAAGUUCCAAAUCACCGAGUGAUGAUUCCUACAGCCUGAUUUCGAAGAGAAGCUCCAAAUCACCUACUGGUGAAUCCUACAGCAUUAUCUCGGAGAUGAGCCCUAAGUCACGGAGUAAUGAAUCCUGUGCAUUGAGUUUGAAGUCCAUACAUUCUGUUUCUCCAAAUGGUUCUCCUAGUAUAAAAUCUUGGCAAAAGGGCGACUUUCUUGGGAGUGGGUCAUUUGGAACAGUGUAUGAAGGAUUCACGGAUGAUGGAUUCUUUUUUGCUGUCAAAGAAGUUUCGUUGAUUGACCCAGGAAACCAACAGAGCCUUUAUCAACUUGAACAGGAGAUUUCUCUUCUAAGUCGGUUUCGACAUAAAAAUAUAGUUCGCUAUCAUGGCACAAACAAGGACGAAAGCAAACUGUAUAUCUUUCUUGAGCUUGUUACAAAAGGCUCACUUGCAAGUGUCUAUCGCAAGUAUCGCUUGCGUGAUUCCCAUGUUUCAGAUUACACCAGGCAAAUCUUGAGUGGGUUGCAUUACCUUCAUUCCAGAGAAGUGAUGCACAGGGACAUUAAGUGUGCCAAUAUAUUGGUGGAUGUUAGUGGUUCAGUGAAGCUUGCAGAUUUCGGACUGGCAAAGGCAACACAAAUGAAUAACAUAAAGUCUUGCAAAGGAACUGCAUUCUGGAUGGCCCCAGAGGUUGUUAAUAGGAAGAACAAUGGUUAUGGGACUCCUGCUGAUAUAUGGAGUCUGGGUUGUACUGUCUUAGAGAUGUUAACUGGCCAAAUUCCUUACUCUCACUUGGAAGGGAUGCAAGCACUGUUCAGAAUAGGCAGAGGUGAACCUCCUCCUAUACCAGAUACCUUAUCAACAGAAGCUCAGGAUUUCAUAAAUAGUUGUUUGCGAGUUAAUCCAAAUGAUCGGCCAACUGCAUCUGAACUUCUGGAACAUCCAUUUGUCAUGAAGCCACUAUCAAAUUUCUCGAGUCCUUGAGCACCGUAAAUUCUGCUGUCAAUUGUACUGAGUGUACUCUUAAGUCUCCAAGUUCUUGCUUUCUCAAAAGAAAGUUUGCAAGUACUCACCUGAUGCUUCGAGGACUGUGCAAGUCAGGGAUCAAUUUCAAAUGAGAUGCUUGUACAGGGAUUAGUUUGUGUAGCAUCCAAGAAUUCUGUCAACUGAAAAUUGCAAAAAUUUGGACGUGAACAGUUGAAUGCAGAAUGGUCAUGGAUAAGUUAUGGGUAAAUUGAGCAAAAAAGUUCAUAGGUUGCACUUGUGCCUGGUUGUGUUCUGUCUAUCCGAGGAAACAGUAGAUAGUGUAAAGAUUAUAAUCUUGUAAAGGAAAUUGUAAAUACCAGAAAUGGUAUUGUUUGGUACAGAGAAGACUGAUUGCAGUUGGAAAUGCUUCUUUUGCUAUGUUUUUCCUGUAAAUGUUAGAUGUGUAACAUGUGAUGGACUGUUAAAUUUCAUAGUUGACUUUAUCUAAUGGAAGAUGAAGUACCUGUGCUUGCCAA